AUGGCCACUGAAACAGAGACCGUCUCCACGGUUGAUGCCUCGAAGAAUGUGGAGGCCAGCGACCAGGAGAUAGAUACAUCCGAUAGUUUGGUUCUGGCGUUGGAGAAGCUCGAGACCAAGCCACUCUGGACACAGAUGACGAAGCUCAACCCGCCUCUCGCGAACCCCAGCUGUGUACCACACGUCUGGCGCUAUGACCAGAUCCGACCCAGUCUGUUGAGAGCUGGAGAGCUGGUUAAUGAGAGCCAGGCAGAGCGGAGAGUGUUGAUGUUGGUGAACCCAGCUCGAGACGCUCCCUACACAACCGACACACUAUACGCAGGGCUGCAACUAGUGAUGCCCAAUGAGACUGCACAGGCGCAUCGACACACGGCAUUUGCCAUGCGAUUCAUCAUCGAAGGUCAGGGCGGCUUUACCGCGGUGCACGGGCAGCGCAUCAGUAUGCAGCGCGGCGAUGUGAUCUUGACUCCGCGGUGGAACUGGCAUGACCAUGGAAAGGAUGGCACAGGUCCUAUGAUCUGGCUGAACGGACUGGAUCUGCCUAAUUUCCGGCAUUUUCCCGUCCACUUUGUCGAGCAUUAUCAGCACGCUCGGUAUCCGGCUGAUGAUGUAGACUCCAGCACGUCACCCAUUGUGUUCCCCUGGGUGAAGAUGAAGCAGGCCCUUGACGACACCCCGGGUGAUUGGGCGUCGAAGGAGUACUUGAAGAGUGAUGGCCAACCAGUCUCCAAAGUCCUGGGAGGGUCAGCUGAGCGACUCAGAGCUGGGCAGAAUUCGCCAGAAAUUCGAGAAACAGCCUCUUCGGUCUACCAUGUUGUGUCUGGCAAGGGUUAUUCCACCAUCGGGGAUGGUCGCAUUACGUGGGGGCCUGGAGAUACCUUCUGUAUUCCCUCUUGGCACCGAUACGAGCAUUUUGCGGAUACUGAAGAGGAUGUCUACCUGUACCGCUUCCAUGACAAGGCAAUGCUGAACGCUCUUGUAUUCUACCGCGUGGAGGGUGUUGAUGUCGAAUCUCUGGUGUCUGAUUAG